CUUCCAUCAAUCUGCAAAACACACAGCUUCAGCUUCAGCUUCCAGACUUCACAGUUUUCAGCUUCUAGCUUUCAUCAAAGUUCUUGCAAAUCAACAAUUCUGCUUCAUAGCAAUUUCUCAAUUGAAUCAAACAAUCAAACAACCAUCAAUCGGCUAGCUUCACCGCUCCUGCAUUGAAACCAUCAUCAUCGAGCAUCGCCCUGGACGCGUCUACUAUCAAAUCAACACGUCUUCUCGGCAGCAACCCUUGCAACUUCAGCUUCUUCGCAUUCUACUACUAUCAUCGCGAUUAAAACUGCUUGCACCUACUACUUGCUACUUUACUCUUGUACAUACCUGAUCGCGUUCUUCACGACGCGUCUUGGAUACUACACAUCGCUAAAAAAUCACUUAAAAAACCACCUUACUUGGUACUAUUACCACUACCUUACCACCUCGAUUUCCAUCCCUAUCGCGUUUCGACGCGUGAAGGGUUCACAUGGAGUCGAAAACGAGUAGAUAUCAAUCUCGUAUCCUUAGGGAAAUGCACCAGACUAGCGAGAAUCCCUUUAAUUCGCCUCCAUCUUCUACCGGUUCUCACGGAACAGUCACACUUACCUCUAACAUCACAAUGGGUCCUCAAGGCGAAUCGACACGCCGAAUGGACGACCUUUCCAUCAAACUACCCAGCCAAGCUGCCAUGCGCAGCGCUAAGACUCCUCAGCAAACUUCCUUCAACGUUAACACAUCAGCACUCGGGCGAACUUUCCCUGAAUGGAGCCGCUGGAAUCCCAAUGGACCCGAACACGAAAAAGACAUGUGGGAAAUCACCAGCGACAUUCCCCAGAUUCCAGACGGAAAGGAGAACGUCACACCCCAAGGAAGCCCUAACUCCUCGAUAGUCGCUACCCCUAGAGCGGGUGACUCGAAGGAAUACAACCAGAUUGAAGUUGGUAAAUCCAAGAACGCGUCCAAAGUCCAAACGACCGCAUCCGGCCGAAGCUCCCUUCGAACCCGAGCUCAAAUGCAACCACAAGUUCAAACCGAGUCCGAAUGCUCCCUAGAUCUUUCCGAGCCCUUCAUCCAGAAUUACCGAAGCCGAGAAGAACCUGCAACUCGUCCUCGCGUACCUACACCCAAUGCUGCGAAAGGCGCCAAGCCCAGAGGUGGCAAUGUUACCGCUCUCUUGGAGACGCUCAAAACAGCCCAGACCAAACAAGCUGAGUCCAAGGAGCAACCCACGAAGCAGACUUCUCCAGCUUCGCAAUCCUCGGCGCAACCACAGAAUGCCGCCAGGAUACACAUGGAGCGACAAUCGCGAAUCGGUAACAUAAUGAGCCCUUCUACUCCGAACCACACUGCUCGCUCGUUCUUUCUACCAAACCUUUCCUACAUGGACGACUUCUUGUCUGGUGCUCUUCGAUUAUCAGCUCUGAGGAACGGCAUUCCGGUCUUUGUCAAGCACGGCAGAGUUCACGAUCGCGAAACUACUAUCUCCCCCGAUCACCACGCCGAUGUCGAGGCUAUUGCUAUCCCCGAAGACGAGGAGAAGAUUUUCGUAUCCUUGGAUAAGAUCAAGGACGAAAUACACGCUCUAAAGGAACAUGAUGAGCAGGUCUCGAAACAGGCAGAGCAGCUCCAAGAGGAGGUCGAGGAACUCCAUAUCCAAAUCGCCAAAUACAAGUCUCGGAAGGAUAGUGCGAUGGGUUCUGAUUCAGAGAGUUCCAUCAUUGAUCAUUUGAACACACAGAAGAGCCAACUUGAAGAGCAAAUUAGUUCCCUCCAAGCUCGCCUAGACAAGGCGAAUCGCAAGAUCAGCAUCAAUGAGAUCCAUACCGAAUCUUAUGUCGCUGAACGCGACGAGGCUCUGAAGAGUGCUACCGAGCAUUUAGAAAAGAUCAAGCUUCUCCAAACCGAACUUAACACAGCUUGCCAGAAGCUCAGCUCAUUACGCGGAGAUAACACCGAGAACAUGGAUAAGCUCGAGUCGGAGAAUCUAUCCCUGCGCAACAAUAACAACUCGAUUCGUCAGCAGUAUAAGGCUCUGCUGGAUGAGAACCGUUCGCUUCGCCAGCACAACGCCGACCUAUCCCAGCAGAAUGCGGAAUUGGCGCAAGACCUUAAGGUCGCCAAGGCGCAGUCUGGUUCGAACAAGGGAGACUUUCAGACUCUUCAGCGCGAAUACAACGCUCUCUCGGAAGAAAAGAAGGUUCUUCAGCAAGAUCAGAUCACCGUCGAGCGUGAGAAUAACAAGUUUUUUAGCCAGAAUAGAAUCUUGAAGCAACAGAACUCUCAGCUUGAGCGACGAAUCCAAAGCCUCGAGAAUGAGGUCGCCCGACUUAAAGAAUUGCUGGAAACUGCUGAGGCCGGAUCUCUACCUGUCGACGUCAUCGGGCUUGAGCAAGAAAAAAUCCGUCUUGCGACAGCUAACGAGCGACUCGAGGGCUAUCUUAAGGAAGUAACUAAGAACUUCGAGAGAGUUGUCCGGGAUAGCAUACAUGAGCUCAAUGUUCAUGAGGAGCAGCGCAAAAUGCAUGAAGAGGAACAUGCAUCAUUGACUCAGCAGUUAGGGCUUACUGCUGACCAGGAGUCAGCUCUAGCAGCUAAGCUGAGGAAGUCGGCCAAGCAGGAGGCUGCACUUCGGUCUGAACUCCGAAGGAAGGCGGACGCUAUCAGCGAGGCACGACAGAUUACUCAAGAAAUCAAGGAUUUUAUGGAUACUGUCGACAAGAAGGACUCUAAGACGACCCGCACUAUUGAUUCAAAGGGCAAGUUAGUUGCGAGCGAGACUACUGCUAGAAGCACAACAUCUCAAGGAGUCAUGCCCAUUCCGGAUGACUAUACGCAACAAAUUGACCUCACCCAAGGGUCCGACUUUGCCGGCAUAUACACACCGGAAAUGCCCAAGUCGCGGGAUACUCUUCGCCAAGUCCGCACUGAGACUCAAGUUAACGAAUUGACGAAUGAGUUGUCGGAGUACGAAGUCGAUUACAUGAGUGAUGAAGCAAGCCAAAGCCUUCCGCCCUAUCUGUCUGAGAAUCAAUCGCGAGCUGCCAGUUCACACAAGGCGACAUCGGGAGCCUCCAAGGCACGAUCAGAUUCAACUAAGACCAAACCAGUUGGAAUACUCAAGGAUGCCCAACCUUCCCGUCUCAAUGCCCUGAAGCAAAAGACUACCCAUGCCACUGUCGAAUCCGAGGAGUUUCGCGAGCGAGACAGAACCACUGAGUCGGUCACCAAUACUCGAAAGUCCAAGUCAGAUGAUCCCGUUCGAAAGGUUUCGUUUGGUCAACCUAAGGUCCAGACCAGCCCUUCGAAGUCUCGACCAGUUUCAGAGCCAGAGCUUACUGGACGGUUCAGCGUCAAGUCUGGUGUUAGCGGAAUGAGCAUUGACGGCGAAACUCCUAAGGAAGAUAAGUUCGACUUAGACAGCGCUCGAUUUGAUCUCGACUCAGAUUCAGACAUUGAAGAAAAUAUGACCUCGGCUUUCUUCAUGGAUGAUAUCACUUUAGAGCAAGAAAAGUCGGCCGAGAAGCAAAACAAGAAGACCAGCAAGGCCGGACUUUCCAAAGAUGCCAAACGUGUUCUUGACGAUCUUUGCCACGAUCACGACUGCCAAGACUGUGUUGUCUGCUCGCGAAUUAACUCCCACCGACAUGAACAAUGCCGCCCUGAAGGCAGCUCUAGCAAGAAGACAGUUCGUGUUGAGAUACCAAAGGCUCCUGGUCAUCAAACCCGGGCAAAGGGGGAAUACGAAGAGGAGUCUACGCUGCGUCCUUCUAUGGAUCCAUUACAAGCGGUAGCCUAUGUCAUCAAGACCUUAAGAGAUGAAGAGGCACAUCUCAUGCGGGCUCUCCGAGAAAAGGAUGACGAGUAUAACAGCCAUGAUCCAUCGGUACACAGAAGGGCCUGGAAGCAAAUCAGCAAGGACAUCAUUAGACUCACCAAGGCGCGGGAUCUGAAGAGAGAGCAAAUCUACUUUCUCUACGAUACCAUUCAUAUACACAAUCGACAACGCCGUGAUAUGACCAUGGAAGUUGCAGAUUGGACCAUAAAUACUGCCUUGAGCAAGGAUCCAACAUGGAAUGGGAUCAUUGAUUGGUGCUGAGGGUGAAAGUUGAGGAGAGGAAAGUGGUAUUUGGAGUUUACAUCUUGGUAAACUGCCACAUUGGUAUGGCAUGACUGGAAGGGGAUGAUAAGGCAUGGCAAAGGCAAAGGGGUUCAGGGUAUCAUUAUUGGAGUUUGCAGGGUAUGAAUAUCAGGUUAUGAGGCUCAUGCAUGGUUGGCGUUAUUCAGACAAAAAAGAAAGGGGGGACUGCAUAGGUUGCAUUGUAUUAAUAGGAACUCGCCGCAUAAAGGCUACGCGUAUCCGUAUAAAGGACGCUUGAUGGACAUUAUAACAUAAUUAAAAUAUGACAAAUCAA